UUCCAGCCAAUCAAAUCACAGGACAAUGAACGUCAACAGUGUGAAAGACGAAAGGAGGAAGCGUAACUAAAAUGUUUUAACUUUCCAGUGUUCAGCUUUACUCCAACGAUUUGGUGGUCGGACUAUCAUGACAUCUGUUCACUGAACUGCUCCAUCUUCAGAAAUUGCAAGCACCAAACCCUGGUGUGCAUCCUUCUAGCGAAUGAGAGUGACCCACCAUCAUUAUGGAAACAGAAGCAGAAGUUAUUCCCAUCUGGCAGAAUAAGCCCCAUGGAUCAACUCGUAGCGUUGUGAGAAGAAUAGGUUCAACUCUUCCACUCAAAGCUCCACAAAGAGCAUGUUUCCAGGAGUUACCUGGUUUGCCUUCUCUUCGUCCCAUGGACGGCCCUUCUGUCCCUACUUUGGCAGACAUAGCCUGGAUUGUUGCAGAUGAAGAGGAGACGUAUGCCAGAGUCAGGAGCGAUGCGCGCCCUUUAAAACACGAAUGGCGGCCCACGCCACUCCUAGUACUCCACAGAAACUCCUCCGUGCCCAACUUCCGCCGCGAGGGUAAAAGAAUGGAGGGGCUUAGGAAGCCCGGGGUGACGGCCCUCAACCGUACCACCGCCCUGCAGGACGAGCUCAGCAAACUCCGGGCUCAGAUCGCCAAGAUAGUGGCAAAUGAUACAGGCUCCAACCCCCUGACCCCGGAUCUGCUCUCCCCAGACGACACAACCAUGAGUUUUUCCAUGGCGCCUUUCGAGACGGCGUCCUACACGCCAGCCACGGCGGCUCCCGCUUCCUUCGUCAUCAGUGACGUCACGGAGGAGGAAGAGGAGGAGGAGGAGGAAGAAGCAGAAGUGGAGGAAGAUGAGAAAGAUAUUUCUAUCGUGUCAGAGCUGGUCCCUGACCCUCUGCCGCCCGUCUCCAUGACGGCAUCGGCGACCUUUGACCUGGACAGACCCAGCAUGGACUUCCGGGAGGCAGAGGAGGACACAGUGUCUCUGUCCAAGUCUACCAGUUUCGCCGACGUUAUGGACAUCCUGAAGGAUAUGAACAAAAUGAAGAUGAGCAAAGACAGGUAUACUAGAGGUUGUACAUCACUCAGAGAGGAAGACUCUGCUACUCUGAUAUCAGAAGCUCUAAGGAAAAAGUUUGUCUUGCAAAAAGAGGAUACUACUGCUGUAAGAAGGAAAUAACGAGCUCAAUUAUUAGUAAAAUAAAAACCCGAUCCUGCUGCUCCGUGCAAGUCAGGAGGAAAGUGUAGAGUUUGAGUUUUUAUUUGUUAGGAACAUACCCCACGGAUCUUCAGUUUCACUCUCUAGGCUGAAGGCAGCAUCUGUCUGCCAGAGUUUACACAAACAAACUUUGUCCCAGACGUUUAGAAUCAAACUCUGUUCAGUCUGAGACCCAGCAGCCACGCUGAAGCAUGACGAUGCAGAUUACAGCAGACCGUUUCCCCAGCUCCGACCGGUUUCUCCAUCCAAAUCUGGGAUGUUUCAUUCAAACAAGAGGUUGAUGUUCGAGCCAUAAUUCAUUAAGGUUUGGACUUCAAUUAAAUUCUUUUUAAGAUUUUUGUUGAACCUUAUUUUAAGCUAUUUUCCCCCCACAGAAACCAUACAAAUAAACCUUUUUGUUUUCGGUUUCAUAAACUAAUCGAACAAACUUGAAGAUAUUUUCUGUAUAGAUGAAACUUGCAUACAAGCAGAGACGUACUGUAGCUUUUUACAGUGUGUAUGGGAAAAUAAGCUUCAGAUGUUUGCUUUUAUCYUUGGCAUCUUUGUACUUUGGAUUGUGCACGUCUUUUGCCUGUUCAUAUUCURUUUUUUUUGUAACAUAAACGUGGAUGUGAUUGAACCAAAAGAUCCAAAUUUAAAGCCCAAACUAUAAAAGGAGUGUUCAACAAGCUUGUACAAAUAUUUUGAAAUACACAUACCCCCUGCUUGUGAAGUCUGCCGAUAGUUCAAGUCGUGUGUAAAACAAGGCKACAGUAAACCAGUUCUUUUGUUUGGCAAAGAAUAUUAAUUACAUAAUUCCCUACAUUGUUCUUGUGAGUCAAAGUUAGGAUGAAGAGUAUUCCUGUUCUCACCUUUUAAAAGAAAUCCUUUUCCUCAAAAAAAAACCUGAGUUCAUUCUCCAAGUCGUUCCAAGUGCCAAGGGUUUGUUUUUAACCGGCCCGCUUCUUGUUGCCUGUCCUACACGUGUUCACAYUUUUUACAUUUUCUUUGUUACACGUUUUGUUUGUUCAGGCCUUUACGAAGGCAAUGACUUUAAAGUUAGGUUGGCUGUGUAAAAACAUUUAGCUGAGCAGAACGUUUAAACGAGAGACGUCUGUCCACACYCGACGAUUUUCUUUUGCUAGAAUCCGUGCUCACGUUUUAAAUGUAAUGUCUCAAGCUGAACUUGUUCAUUCUUUCACACGACAAAGUGAUGAAUAGCAGCUAAAGUUGAUCUAUACAGGUUGUGUCUCAAUAGGUGAGAUAAUGGAUGCCACUACUGCAAAGUUCAAUGGGAACUGUUUGUUUUUUGUUUUGCUGUAACUUUUGUAGAACUGAACCCUCUUUAAGCACCACCUGAGUGUGCAUUUUUUUGUUUUGUUUUUUGUUAUGCAAACUCCUGAAUAAAAAAAAAAAACGUGCA